CAUCGUCAGCAGCUGUAGGAGACGACAAAACUUUUAUUGUUUCAUCUAUUGUCUUUGCUUCUUCAGUGACUGUGAUGAUCCUGCUGUGUGCACACAAUCAGGAAGUUGAUGCAGCUUUUCUUCGUAUCUCUCCAAACAGACUGCAGUUCUUUGAAUAUGAGUCGGUCACUUUGUACUGUGAUGGAGUCUUUUACUGUGAUGUUGAACAUAAAUUGAUUGGGGUGAAGCCCUCGUGUUGCACCACUAAUGACAGAACAUUUAAAGGACCUACCUGCACCAUUAAGAAUAUUUAUGAAGAGGACUCUGGGAAGUACUGGUGUGAGGAAGGAGGGCAGAGAAGUAACAUCAUCAACAUCAAUGUCGUUUCUGGUUCUGUGAUCCUGGAGAGUCCUGCUCUUCCUGUGGUGGAGGGAGAAGAUGUGACUCUGAGCUGCAGAACCAACAAAUCUUCCUCCAACAUCACCAUUGAUUUCUACAAAGAUGGAAUCCUCGAGUGGAGAAGCUCCACAGGAAACAUGAACAUCAAAACAGUCUCCAUGUCUGAUCAUGGAUACUACAAAUGUCACAUUUCUGGAGUUGGAGAAUCACCUCAGAGCUGGCUGACUGUUAGAGAGAUGAAUCCUACCUCCUCCUGCAGGUGUAAUGAAAAUCUUACAGAACACCUUUACGGCUGUCAUGUUUACCCCUUCCUCAGGACCGUGUUCACCAUCAUCAUGGUGGCGCUGUUGCUGCUGCUGCUCGGAUAUCUUCACUGUGUGUUAGACAGACAUAUAAAACAUGAUUCAUCUCAAACAGAAAAAGGAGAUUUCUGUUACAUUAAAGAAAAAGAUGGUCUGGAUGACAACCAACAAAAGCUAGUUCAGUAGCUAAAAUUAAGCCCAUUGCUAUCAGUCUUCUUUUUUUAUGCUUCUAGACUCAGGGUUAAACACUGUGACUGUACCAGGAAAUUAUUGUGUUUCUGAGAAACCUGUGUAACAUAUCUGCCAAAGUGGUUUUUAAACCUUUCGAUCUUGCUAUAACCAGCCUGACAUAUAAUAUUUAAAAUAACCACAACGUCUGAGCGCUUAUAUUUAUUGAUGCUGAUUUUUAGAAACAUGUGUGCUCUGACAGUGUGUCACCACAACUUGUUGUCUUCCUUUCUUUGCAAUUUUGUCAAGUCUGAAGAAAAAUAAAAUGCAUUAUUAACAUGCUA